AUGAUGCCGGCUGGAGCAGCGGCACCACCAGUCUGGCUUCGAGAUGGUAUUACGAUAAGCUCGGCCUGCACCAAGUCGUGUGACACGGCCUUCGAAGUCGCCCAAAACUCGACCAAAACCGACCUCUGCGGCGCCGAUUCGAAAUUCCAGAAUGCCUAUAUCCCCUGCUCCCGAUGUAUCGAGAAGCGAUCGCCCGGUGCCGUUCCGUCAGAUUUAUUGACAUACCUCGCCUACUGUAAUAUCGACGUCGACCUGGUUACGAGCUCGUUGCGCAUGGGGGAUGGCACCACAUCGACAAUAGUUAAUGUAAAAUAUGCGCCCACGGUGGCGGCGACCGUUACCAGCUCCGUCGACAAUUUCGAUACCGUGGACACGUCGAGCGACGAGCCUAAAAGCAAAGCAUGGAUUGCCGGCCCCGUGUUCGGUGCGCUCGUCGGUGUCGGCAUCAUUCUGGGUGUCGUGUGGUUCUUCUGGAGACGAAAGCAUCGCAACGAGCUGGAAGAAGACACGGGAUCGGAAGUCGCAGUAUCUCACAAGCCCCCCAGGUCUGAAGCUGCAAGAUCAGUAAGAUCUGGGACGUCGCGCAGGGCAAUUUCGACCAAGGCUAUGUCCGAGCAAGCCAAGUCCGAGAUUAUGAGCGACGUGGACGCCCAGAGCCUACACCCUCCCUCGACGAAGCAUUAUUCGGUAAAGAGCUCGCCGCCGCCCUCGCUCAACAGGCGAUACUCGGAGAUCGACAGCGUUAAUAUCCACGAGAUGGUUGGGUCGCCGGUCCUCCGAUCAGUGGCAGAGAGCGUGACCGAGUCGGCGAUGGACAACGAGGUUUCCACGAUACACACGCGGUAUUCGGAGAUUGACGGUCGAAAUAUCAACGAGAUGCUGGGAUCGCCCGGCGUCGCUUAUUUCAAAGACAUCCCGCCGCCGUUACCGCCAAAGGACAAGUUCAGCAUCGGCCGACAACACGCGGAGAUCGACAGCAAUAACAUCCACGAAAUGGCAGGCUCUCCUGUUCUUCAACCUGUGUACGAGAAGCCGGCCAACGAGGUUCCCGCGAUAGAGAUGGAACACAUGCAACAGUUACAGCAGUUCGAAUCGCUCGACGACGAUCUCGACGAGAUGCCGGUACCGAAGAAGAACAAGUCCCGAGAUAAUACCUGA